CUCAGUUCUGAAGAGGUAAUAACACCCUACACUGAUGUAGAAGUGGCUUCAGAAAGGGACAGAGUUACUCUCUCUUGUAACUACACCUCUGGUGACACUCUUCAAUGGUAUCGACAAUAUCCCAAAUCAGCACCACAGUUACUGGUUAUGGAACAUAUGCCUGCAACAACUCCAGGGUUCAGUCUAAAUCAUGACAAAAAAGCCAAACGUAUGGAUCUGGAGAUCUCCUCUGCUGAAGUGACAGACUCUGCUCUGUACUACUGUGCCCUGAGUUCCACAGUGACAGGAAACCCAGAAACACAAGAAACACAUACAAAAACCUAGAACAUCUGAUUACGGGGAGAAAGUUAUCAACAGGUAGAUUAAUGAAUAUGUCCUAAACACUAAACCCCUCUAUUCUACCCAUAACCCAACCCUAACUUGAUGUCCAGAUCAAUUAUAAAAGUAUAACAUGAAUGGAGUACCUCUGCAUCAUAUACCCUACUUUCAUACUCCUAAAUAUCCUUACACCUCUGAAGACUCUAGUCACUUCCAUGCCAGUCAGAAGAACUGCAGUCUUUUAUAUCUGAACACUCAAAAGCAGCUUUAUAAAAAGAAGUGUACAAGAUAACAUAAGAAAUUUAUUAAAAAAUAUUCCCAAACCUCAUUUCAUAAAAUAAUACGUUACAAAAAGUAUAAGAAAUAAAUGUAAUGAAAUAAAGUUAAAUGAAAUGGAACACAAAAAACAGCAACAAUUGCACUGUAUUCAUUUAAAACUUUUUUCUUCAUAAUGCGGUAUAACAUGAAUGGAGUAGUAUUGUUAAAAAAUAAAUGAAUGCCUCAAUCCUACGAUGUACGUUAAACAAGGAUUGCAUGGCACACACAUAAACAAGGUUGUUCACCACCCCCUGUCUUUGGCAGUAGGUGGAGCGACAACAUUUCCUCCAAUCAUCAAGACUGCAGAGAGAGAUAUUCAACUCUGCCUGUUUUGUGUCAGAGUCUUUUGUACACUGUGUCUAUCAGCUAUGUUGCUGCGUUCAUCAUUUCUCCUCCUCUCAGUCCUUGUUGGUGAGUACUGUAUUCAAUGUCAUCAUUUUAAUUCCAACUCCAGAAUAUACUUGAUAGUUGUCAAAAAAGCUAUCAAAAACAGAAACAUGUUUUUCCUUUUCUGACAGGUGUCAGUUUUGAAGAUGACAUUAAUCCCACUAGGUCUAUGGUAGGUGUUGUGGAGGGUGAUACUAUUACACUAUCCUGCAGCUACACUGGCUCUGUAAACAAUCUACAGUGGUAUCGUCAGUAUCCCAGGUCUAAACCAGAGUUCCUGAUUCUCAUCACUAAAUCAGGAUAUGUCCAGAAACCUGUCCCUCCUCGCCUGUCAGUUCAGGUUCAAACCGACCGUGUGGAUCUGGAGAUCUCCUCUGCUGAAGUGACAGACUCUGCUUUGUACUACUGUGCCAUGGAGCUCACAGUGACAGGAAACACAACUUCAUCAUACAAAAAUCAGACAGUC